CUUCCGCCGCUCCCACUCCAAUACCGAUGGAUAGAGCAACCGAAAUCCCGAAGACGGACCAUCUUUACUCGCAGUCCUCGUAUUGUCGGGCUUGCUACAGUACAAUACAAACAGGUGUGUGCUCCUUCACUGUCGCCGUGGUAUAAUGAUUUUGUUCCAGUUAAUGUUCGUUGCACUACAGCCAGCGAACGCAGCAACAAUGGCAAAGCAGGCUUACAAGCAAGCCUCGUCAUUGCAAUUUCAGCGUAGCGCCACCUCGAUUCCACCACACCUCGUGGUGGAGCAUCCGAGCAGUCACUACCCGUCGCAUUGUGAGCUCGUCUUGUGCUUGUUCUUUACUGUGCAUCUCCCCCACAUGACUGGUGAAGCAUUUUUCUUUCAUGUUUCCACUUACUCUUACAUUUGUUCAUGUUUUUCGCUCUUUGUUUCCUCAUCAUGGGACUCUUGUAGUGUAUCGGACUUUGCAAUGCUAACUAUUAUCAGAAGGGAGUUUCUGCUACAACGACCUCAAUCAUCUCGACUGGAUCAGAGAACGGCAUCACAAUCAUGAAACAGACUGUCUGCAUUCUAUGCUAAUUCACUAUCGAUGAUCUGUUAAGUGCCAUCCCGUAAGUUUUGUUGCGGUUAUCACCAUACAUUUAGGCCGUUACUCCGCUAAGAUGGACGCUUUUCGUGUGUAAAACCUGGUGGUUAUCUCGGGUU